AUGGAGGAGGUGAUUAUAGAACUUGUUGUGCUGGAGCAGCUACUCCCGGAGCUCACAGGGCUGCUCAGCCUCCUGGACCAUGAAUACCUCAGUGACAGCACCCUGGAGAAGAAGAUGGCUGUGGCCUCCAUCCUGCAGAGCCUGCAGCCCCUGCCAGCAAAGGAAGUCUCCUACCUGUACGUGAACACAGCCGACCUGCACUCUGGGCCAAGCUUCGUAGAGUCCCUCUUUGAAGAAUUUGACUGUGACCUGAGUGACCUCCGGGACAUGCCAGAGGAUGACAGCGAGCCCAGCAAAGAGGCCAGCCAUGAGCCAGCCAAGAGCCCGUGUCUGAGGAAUGCAGCCGACCUGCCUCCACCGCUCCCCAACAAGCCUCCUCCCGAGGACUACUAUGAGGAGGCCCUUCCCCUGGGACCUGGCAAGUGUCCCGAAUACAUCAGCUCCCACAACAGCUGCAGCCCGGCCCACUCGAUUGUGGAUGGCUACUAUGAAGAUGCAGACAACAGCUACCCCACAACCCGGAUGAAUGGGGAGCUGAAGAACUCGUACAACGACUCCGACGCCAUGAGCAGCUCCUACGAGUCCUACGAUGAGGAGGAGGAGGAAGGGAAAGGGCAGCAGCCCACACACCAGUGGCCCUCAGAGGAGGCCUCCAUGCACCUGGUGAGAGAUUGCAGGAUAUGUGCCUUCCUGCUGCGGAAAAAGCGCUUUGGGCAGUGGGCCAAGCAGCUGACUGUCAUCAGGGAUGACCAGCUUCUGUGUUACAAAAGCUCCAAGGACCGACAGCCACAUCUGAGGCUAGCCCUGGAUGCCUGUAGUGUCAUCUACGUGCCCAAGGACAGCCGGCACAAGAGGCAUGAGCUACGCUUCUCCCAGGGCAGCACAGAGGUUCUGGUGCUGGCACUGCAGAGCCCGGAGCAGGCUGAGGAAUGGCUGAAGGUCAUCCGAGAGGUCAGCAAGCCCAUAGGAGCAGCUGAGGGUGUGGAGGGCCCCAGGUCCCCAAUCCUCCCAUGCAAGCUGGACAUGGACAAGAGACUGUCCCAAGAGAAGCAGACCUCAGACUCUGACAGUUUGUGCACAGGAGACAACUGUUCCACCCUUGGCCGUCGGGAGGCCAGUGAUCAUGGUAAAGGGAAGAAGAGCAGCCUGGCUGAGCUAAAGGGCUCUAUGAGCAGGGCUGCAGGCCGCAAGAUCACCCGCAUCAUCAGCUUCUCCAAGAAGAAGUCACUAGCCGAUGAGCUGCAGACGUCCUCCACUGAGGAGGAGGUUCCAUGCUGUGGCUAUCUGAAUGUGCUGGUGAACCAGGGCUGGAAGGAACGCUGGUGCCGCCUGAAGUGCAACACUCUGUAUUUCCACAAAGACCGCACGGACCUACGAACCCACGUGAAUGCCAUCGCCCUCUGUGGUUGCGAGGUGGCCCCGGGCUUUGGGCCUAGACACCCAUUUGCCUUCAGGAUCCUGCGCAACCGACAGGAGGUCGCCAUCUUAGAGGCAAGCUGCUCAGAGGACAUGGGCCGCUGGCUUGGCCUGCUGCUGGUGGAGAUGGGCUCCCGAGUCACCCCUGAGGCUCUGCACUAUGACUAUGUGGACGUGGAGACCUUAACCAGCAUCGUCAGUGCCGGGCGCAACUCCUUCCUAUAUGCGCGUUCCUGCCAGAAUCAGUGGCCUGAGCCCCGUGUCUACGAUGAUGUCCCUUUCGAAACAAUGCAGGACAAGGAGCCUGAGCGUCCCACGGGGGCCCAGGUGAAGCGCCAUGCCUCCUCCUGCAGUGAGAAGUCCCACCGAGUGGACCCACAGGUCAAAGUCAAGCGCCACGCCUCCAGUGCCAAUCAAUACAAGUAUGGCAAGAACCGAGCUGAAGAGGAUGCCCGGAGGUACCUGAUAGAAAAAGAGAAGCUAGAGACGGAGAAAGAGACAAUCCGGACAGAGCUGAUGGCACUGCGGCAAGAGAAGAGGGAACUGAAGGAGGCCAUUCGGAGCAAUCCAGGAGCAAAGUUAAAGAGUCUGGAGGAGGCUGUGGCCACCUUGGAAGCUCAGUGUCGGGCGAAGGAGGAGCGCAGGAUCGACCUGGAGCUGCGGCUAGUAGCUGUGAAAGAGCGCUUGCAGCAGUCCCUGGCUGGGGGCCCAGCCCUGGGGCUGUCUGUGACCAGCAAGAACAAGAGUGGGGAAGUUGCAAACAAACCCCAGAACAGCACCCCAGAGUCCUCACUCCCUGUUAACUGUGUAUCUGAGCUAAGGAAGAGGAGCCCAUCCAUCGUAACAGCCAAUCAAGGAAGGGUGCUACAGAAAGCCAAGGAAUGGGAAAUGAAGAAGACCUAGAAAGAAUAUGAAGAUUUCAUAUCAAAGGAGACAGAAACUUGUCCAUCUGUCAGAAAAGCUUUUUU